GGGGGGGUGGUGUGGAGACAAGCCCCCACCCCACUCACUGACCCCUGUGUCUGCCCCACAGACUGCGGCGUUCGGAAGUGGCGGUCCGACCGGAUUGUGGGGGGGCAGCCGGCCACAGUAGGGAAGUGGCCCUGGCAGGUGGGACUGCUCUUCGACGGGACCCCCAUCUGUGGGGCCCUCAUCUCCGAGGACUGGGUGGUCACGGCGCACUGCUUCCCUGAGAGGAACCGUUUCCCCAGCCGCUGGACGGUGCUGAUCGGCUCAGUCCUCCCACGGCCGCCGGACGGACAGGUGGCCGUGCGGACGGUGGUGUACCACGCCGGCUACCGGCCCUUCACUGACCACAGCUCGGAUAACAGCAAUGAUAUCGCCCUCGUGUGUCUGCGCAGAUCGCUGGCCUUCUCAGACCACAUCCAACCUCUCUGUCUCCCAGCUUUUGGACAAGAGCUCGGAGGUGCCGUGUGUACCGUCACUGGAUGGGGUAACACUGAAUAUUACGGCCAACAGUCGGAUGUGCUUCGGGAAGCAGAGGUACCGGUCCUGAGUAACGCUCUAUGUAACAGACCGGACUACUACAACGGGCAGAUCACACCCAAGAUGUUCUGUGCUGGCUACAGUGAGGGUGGUGUCGAUGCUUGUCAGGGUGACAGCGGCGGACCCCUGGUGUGUCAGGAUAACCUCUCCAACAGAACCCGAUGGCGUCUGUGUGGGAUUGUCAGCUGGGGAACUGGAUGUGCGAUGUCUAAUAAACCCGGCGUGUACUGUCGGGUCAAAGAGUACCAGGAGUGGUUGUAUCGGGCGAUGAAGGUGUACAGUGAUUUGAAUGGGAUUUACUCGAUGGGUUAACACAUUUGCAAUGAAUUGUUGGAAUUCUGCUCCUCCACUACGAAUAUUGUCUCCUGAAUAUAAAUAGAUUUUUUUUGUACCUUGAAUCAAACCAACCUUUUGAUCUGAGCCAUCCCUCGUGAGGGUUGCUUAGGAACUGUGGAUUACUCCCCUGAACUUAAAUUUACAGAAUCCUCUGACGAUCUUGUUGAAUGUACCGACUCUGAAAUGUUUUGGGUCGGGGUCAAGGCUUCAAGAUGUGUGAAGCUCCAGUGGUCGAAUACCUCCUGCUGUCCAGAGGGGUGAGUGUGUUGAGAGGUCUGCGUUUGCUUCUCUCUGAGGGUGGGGGUCAGAGGGAAUUUGGAAAGGAGGUGAUAAUCUUUCUGGUUUUAAUAAAUAACUAGGUGAACUAUUUUAUGGCGGUUCUUCUUGGGAACUCAUUGCUUCUUUGUACGUUCUUCCAACCAUUCAGCCUAGGGAGUUGGUGUCGUCACUGAUAGGAAAGUUCUCUUGGCCUGGUUGUUCGUGGGAUUGUCUUGGAUAUAGGCAUCCCAUCUGGCCCACUUGGUUCCAGGAUAGUGUUGCUUGUAGCUUCUCAAUCCUGGGCCCAUUUCCCAUCCCACCUCCUCCCCCCACCCCCGGGAUAAAUUGAGUUGGAAGUGAGUGUUCAAUCUUGGCCCAUUUAGAGUACAACAGAGGGAGCUUCACUCUGUGUCUAACCCUGGGACGGUGUGGAGGGAGCUUCACUCCGUGUCUGGCCCCGGGAGUGUGUGAUGGGACGGUGUGGAGGGAGCUUCAAUGUGUGUCUGACCCCGGGAGUGUGUGACGGGACGGUGCGGAGGGAGCUUCACCCUGUGUCUGACCCCGGGAGUGUGUGACGGGACAGUGCGGAGGGAGCUUCACUCUGCCUUGAUUGCAGGCAGUGACUUGCGGUGGUGUCUGAUGCAACGAUGUUGCAGGUGGUGCAUCUAAUUCUUGUCCUUGUAGAUGCGACACCACUCCCCGGACAUAAAUUCUUCACGUAAUAAACCCUUUAUAAAGAUCAAUACAUACACACAAAGUUGCACAUUUAACCAGUUAAUAAAUUUGGAAAUUUUUAUUUUAGCUGUUAAUCUCCCAGCUACAUUGACAAAAUGGGAAGGAGAGGGUAAAUCCGCCCCCCCCCCCCCCCCCAUGUCACUGGUUGGGAAUGUUGGAGGAAUUUGUGCAUUAAACCUGCACCUUGAAUCUGGCUCUCAUUUGCGAUGGGGUCACUUUCUAACUUGUGGCUCGGAUCGGGACAACAGCUGAAGGAAAUCUCUUGAAGUGUAGAACAUAAAACAGUACAGCCCAGGAACAGACCCUUCGGCCCACCACGUUGUGCUGAACUAAGUAAGCUAGUAAUUAAACUAAAUUAUCCUUUCUGCCUGCACGUGGUCCGUCUCCCUCCAUUCCCUGCACACUCGUGAGUCUAUCUAACAGCCUCUUAACCCCCUCUAUCGUAUCUGCCUCCACCCCUACCCCUGGCAGCACAUUCCGGGCACCCACCGCUCUCUGUGUAUAAAAACUUGCCCCACAUAUCUCCUUUGAACUUUCCCCCCCUCACCUUAAAUGCACGCCCUCUAGUAUUAGACAUUUUGACCCUGGGUGAUAAAGGUACCAGCUGUCUACUCUGUCUAUGCCUCUUAUAAACCUCUAUCAGGUCUCCCCUCAGCCUCGCCGCACCAGAGAAAACAACCCAAGUUUGUCCAACCUCUCAUAAUGGCUCAUGCCCUCUAAAGCAGGUCCUCUUGUAUCGGGUGGAUUGGAUUGAACAUUUUUACAGAAGUCGGGGUCUCUUUCUUUGAGAAUGAGUUGCCGGAUUGUCACACUAAGCCAUUUAGAAUCGCACCCUGUCAAGGUGGUUCAAAUGUUGUUGGUUUUAAUGAUAAAAGGAUCUAUUCACCAUUUCUCAGUGCUGUUGAGUAGUCGGGUUUAUUGUCAGACGCACAAGUCCGUGUGUGCUCAGGUGCAAUGAAAAACUUCCUUGCGGCAGCAUCACAGGCACAGAGCACCAGAGACACAACAUUCACAAGAAAAAAAGCAUUCAUUAAACACAAAUUGUACAAGGACACAAUUAGAAUAAACAAAGUCCACUGCAGUGCAAAGUGUUCCUAGUGUUGCUGUACUGAGGCAGUGAUUAGGGUUGUGCCGGUCGGUUCAAGAACCGAAUGGUUGAAGGGAAGUCGCUGUUCCUGAACCUGGUGGUGUGGGGACUUCAGGCUUCUGUGCCUCCUGCCCGAUGGGAGCUGUGAGAAGAUGGCACGGCCCGGAUGGUGGGGGGAUCUUUGACGACGGAUGUUGCUUUCUAGAGGCAGCGCCUCCUGUAGAUACCACUGACAGUGGGGAGGGAUGUGCCCGUCAUGUACUGGGCAGGGUCCACCACUCUCUGCAGCUUCCUGGGUGUUCGAAUUGCCAUCCCAGACCGUGAUGCAACCAGUCAGGACAUUUUGAGAGCUUGUUGGUACAGUUUCUGUUCCAGAACUGCUUGUUUGGAGUACAAUCUAUGCCAACCCAUCUCCCAUGACCUCCUGUGGAAGGGCAGAGGUUUGGAAGGGCAGAGGUUUGGACGAGCUUGCUGAUCUCAAUCUCACCUGGGGCAUUAUUACCUUGCUCACUCGCCACAGAUUUAUUCUGUACAUCAACGGUGCCUGCUCAGUUAACAGUUGCCCGAUUUUAAUAAAAUUGGAAAAUGCAGGAAACUCUCUCAGUAGUUCAGGCUAUGUCUGUGAGGAAGAGACUUGGUGUGAAUCUUUUGAACUUUGGUGAAAAUUGUCCUGUGGUUUCUUUUGCAGUUUGAUGCUUGCGUUGUUGCAAAAGGGGUUUGAAAUUCCUUUAAUUAUUUCUCUUGUGUUACUUUAGUCUGAUUGUAUCUGUAAUUCUGAACCUGUUUUUUGAAGAGUAGAACGUAGAACGGCACAGGACCAUCGGCCCACGAUGUUGUGCCGAACUUAAUUAAACUAGUGAUUAAACUAAUCCUUCUGCCUACACAAUGUUUGCAUCCCUCCACUCCCUGCACAUCCAUGUUUCUUUUUAAGAGCCUCUUAAACGCCUCUAUCGUAUCUGCCUCCACCCCCCACCCCUGGCAGCACGUUCCAGGCACCCACCGCUCUCUGUGUAAGAACACUUGCCCCGACCAUCUCCUUUGAACUUCCUCUCCUCUCACCUUAAAUGCACGCCCUCUAGUAUUAGACGUUUGACUCUAGGGGGUGGGAUAGGGAUACUCUAUCUGUGCCUCUCAUAAACCUCCCCUCAGCCUCCACCGCUCCAGAGAAAACAACCCAAGUUUGUCCGACCUCUCCUUAUAGCUCAUGCCCUCUAAUCCAGGCAGCGUCCUGGUGAACCUCUCCAAAGCCCCCCACGCCCUCCCUGGAACGGGAAGUGAAUGCGAUACUCCAGUAGCGGCCUAACCAGUUUGCAGGGGAGAUCGAAGAACGGUGUUCCAACCGGCUGGGGAAUCCCUGACUGACACGACGCUGCUUCUGGGUGUCAUGUGGAUUGUUUCUGCCUGUUAGUCUGUCACUCCCUCUCUCUUGUUGACCCAUUUCUGCAUUUGGUUCUCUUUUUUUCCUCACACUUGCCUUCAGUAACGGGUGAUUUUUUUCAGCAGCUAAUUAACCUUUCCGAUCGAUUUUAGAGCUGCUACCUCACAGCUCCAGUGACCUUGGUUCGAUCUGACGCCCCUGUGUGUGUGUGUGUGUAGUCUGCACGGUUGAUUCUGUAGGUCCCCCCCCCCCCAGCUGCUCCCGUUCCCUCUCGCAUCCCAAAAAAAAGACACGGGGGGGGGGGGGGGGUCGCUUGGUUAAUUAUCACAAGACAAAGGAGCAGAAGUAGGCCAUUCGGCCCAUCGAGUCUGCUCCGCUACCUCACCAUGAGCUAAACUAUUCUUCCAUCUAGCCCCAAUUCCCAGCCUCUUCCCCAUAUCCCUUCAUCCCCUGACUAAUUAGAUACCUAUCAAUUUCCUCCUUAAACACCCCCAAUGAUCGGGCCUCCACUGCUGUAUGCGGCAACGAAUUCCUUAAAUCCACGACCCUCUGGCUAAAGAAAUUUCUCCUCAUCUGUUUUAAACCGGUACCCUCUAAUUCUAAGACUGUGCCCUCUAGUCCUGGACUCACCCAGCAAGGAAAACAGCUUGGCCACAUCUACUCUGUCCAGUCCUUUCAAUAUUUUAAAUGUUUCUAUGAGAUCCCCUCUCAUUCUUCUGUACUCCAGUGAGUACAGUCCAAGAGCCGACAAUCGCUCAUUGUGUGUCAGCCCUUUCAUUCUGGGAAUCAUCCUCGUAAAUCUUCUCUGAAACCUCAGCCCAUCCUUCCUAAGAUUAAAGGGCCCAAAACUGCGCAUAGUAUUCCAAAUGAGGCCUCACCAGUGCCCCAUAGAGCCUCAUCAACACAAUUAUGGAAUGUGUCUGACACUCUCUGUUCAUUCAAAAACACGAACAUACAAAACUUUGAAAGAAAAACUAUUUAAAAAUAGAUGUAACAUUUUAAAUGUAGUAGUUUCUAAAACCAUUAAACAGUGCACUUUGCUAAUUUUUUCCAGUUAGAACUUAAAACGUAUGAAAGUAAUCUGAAAAAUAGUGGAAACACUCAGCUGGUCAGGCAGUGUCUCGGAGAAAGGAGGAGAAUUGAUGUUUUG